AUGCGCGUCUCCACCGUCGUGAUCGGCCUGCUUGCAGCGCUCGUGGCGUCCUCGCCCGUCGGCACCGACACCUCUUCGAACAGCGUCGACAACCCUCUUUUGGAGGCCCGCCAGUGCGCCAUCUUCUGCGCCUGCAGCGGCUUCACUUGCUGUGGUACUUCGCGACAAUGCGAAUGCUGUCGGUAG